AUGGCCUUCUAUGGCUUUAAGGAGGAUCUUCAUGACUACUAUUUAACUCCUUACAACACAAACUAUAGUUACAAUUCAUUUUCCACUCAAAUACAAACCCCAGUCGAAUACGAUCCGCCGCGUGAAUUUGUCGAGCCCGCAUUUGUAGAAUAUUAUUCCUCCUACAACUACUAUGAAGAGCCUAAACUUCUCCAAUACAAUGCACCUCCUUCAUUACAUGCGGCCCGGGGUUUUUUCCCACCCGAGACGAAAAAUUUCACAAUCUCUUAUUCCACGGCGGAAUUCAACGAGCCCGAAUUCGAGGAGUACGACCCGACUCCUUAUAGCGGAGGCUACGACCCUGUCGAGACGUACGGAAAGCCUUUCCCCCCUUCGGAAGCCACAUGCUAUCCUCGUUCUUUGCCGAAAACCGAGAACUCUGGGCUUGAAAAUUUCUCAUAUGCUUCGAUUCCUUCACCGUAUGGCAAAGACAACGUUGGAUCGUCUCAAGAUGCCGAAAAGAAGCCUACUACUAAUGGAACUAAACCGGUAGAGACUAAAACCGAAAGUUUCGAGAACGAUGAUGUGGCGGGGGAUGAAAAAUCGGGUAAUUAUCGUGAUGGCUUUGAAGUUGGAGAAUACGGAUAUUUGGAUGAUGUGGCUCGAAUGCCGUAUGGCUCGGGUUUGGAAGGUGUGGAUAUUUGUGAGAGUUUGUUCGGUUACUGGCCGUGCUUGGCUAAGCGGGCGCGCGAACAGAAGUGCGAAAAGUGUUGUUGUCAUUAUCGGGAUCAAGAAGAAAGAAGGAUGGAUCGAUGGGAGAGUGCAGCGGAUUAUCUUUUCGGGAGUCCGUUGGUUUAUGAUUAUGAAAGUUAUCAUCUUCAUCAACAGCAGUCUCAGGGGAACUCAUGGCUGCAUUGUAAGUAA